CUCAGGGGCCACACACCGCCGGGUCCCUCCUCAGGGGCCACACACCGCCGGGUCCCUCCUCAGGGGCCACACACCGCCGGGUCCCUCCUCAGGGGCCACACACCGCCGGGUCCCUCCUCAGGGGCCACACACCGCCGGGUCCCUCCUCAGGGGCCACACACCGCCGGAUCAUUGCUAUUGAAGCCUGGGCUACUGGAUCCCUUUGCCCGGAAGCCACGGAUUGCCUGAUCCCUUCCCCUGGGAGCAGCAGCUUUCUGGAGCCCUUCCUUGGAUCUGUACAUCUCCGUCCCUGUAAGGAUCUGUUCCCAGCUGGAUCCCCCUUUCCCUCGGCAGCUGUGGCUCACUGGCCCCUGGGGCCCCUGGAUCCCCUUCUCUGGAAGCCACAGGCCACUGAAUUUCCCACCCAGAGGUUCAUGGUGAGAAGAACCUGGGGACGACAGAUGGUUCUGGAUGGAAACCAAAGAUCUUGAGGCCUGACAGCUCAGUGAUAACCUAAGUGCCAUGGAUUCUUGGCUCCUGAUUGGCCUGCUGGCCACGGCGCUACCAUGCUGGGCAGCAGAAAAUGCCACCACAGUUGCUCCCACUCCAGCAGUCAAUUUUACAACCAGCCCAGCGCAACAGGACCCGCCCCCAGAGCCAACGAAUGAGACGGCGGCAAGCUCUGUAGAUCCAGAAUCGAAGACGACGGCUCCUUUUACGACCACUAGAACCGCUGUGAUCCUCGCCCCCAAUGUUACAGACAGCAUCUUCCCAUACACCUCCCCCGGCAAUGGUUCAGAUGCCAAUAACCAGACGGACAUUACCAACAGCACCGCGGCGCCCCCUACUGUCGCAAGUGGAACGUCCACCCCUGUUGCUCCGGACAUAAACGUGGAGACGACGCGUGGGAUAAUUAAUGUGGUUUCCUCAAUGCUGCCCACCCUCCCCACCGAUUUAUAUCCUACAGAUUCAACAACAGAAAAUCCAGGGACCAAUGGUUCGGAAGUGCAAAGAGAUGAGACCCCCAUCAUUGCAGUCAUGGUGGCUCUGUCCUCUCUGCUGGUCAUCGUCUUCAUCAUCAUCGUGCUGUACAUGUUACGGUUCAAGAAGUACAAACAAGCCGGGAGCCACUCCAAUUCCUUCCGUCUCUCCAAUGGCCGAGUAGAUGAUACAGAGCCGCAGAGCAUGCCUCUAUUGGCACGGUCGCCCAGCACCAACAGGAAGUACCCGCCCCUGCCGGUGGAUAAGCUGGAGGAAGAGAUAAACAGGAGGAUGGCGGAUGAUAAUAAGCUCUUUAGGGAAGAGUUCAAUGCUCUCCCGGCGUGUCCCAUCCAAGCUACGUGCGAAGCAGCGUCCAAAGAAGAAAAUAAAGAGAAGAACCGAUACGUCAAUAUCCUACCUUACGAUCAUUCGAGAGUUCACUUGUUGCCUAUCGAAGGCGUCCCCGAUUCCGACUACAUUAAUUCCUCCUUCAUCAACGGAUACCAAGAGAAGAACAAGUUCAUUGCUGCUCAAGGCCCAAAAGAGGAGACUGUGAAUGAUUUCUGGAGAAUGAUCUGGGAGCAAAACACGGCCACCAUCGUCAUGGUAACGAAUCUGAAGGAACGAAAAGAGUGCAAAUGUGCCCAGUACUGGCCCGAUCAGGGGUGCUGGACCUACGGGAACAUCCGUGUGUCUGUGGAAGAUAUGACUGUGUUGGUAGAUUACACUGUGCGCAAAUUCUGCAUCCAACAGGUUGGGGACGUCACCAACAAGAAGCCACAGCGGCUCGUCACUCAGUUCCACUUCACCAGCUGGCCCGAUUUCGGGGUGCCUUUCACUCCCAUUGGGAUGCUCAAGUUCCUGAAGAAAGUAAAGACGUGUAACCCCCAGUACGCGGGCGCCAUUGUGGUACAUUGCAGCGCUGGGGUGGGGCGGACGGGCACCUUCAUCGUCAUAGACGCCAUGUUGGACAUGAUGAACUCAGAAAAGAAAGUCGACGUUUAUGGUUUCGUUAGCCGGAUCCGAGCGCAGCGCUGUCAGAUGGUACAAACAGACAUGCAGUACGUGUUCAUUUACCAAGCGCUGCUGGAACAUUAUCUGUACGGGGACACGGAGCUGGAGGUGACGUCGCUAGAGACCCAUCUACAGAAACUCUACAGCAAGAUUCCUGGGACCAACAGCACCGGCUUGGAGGAGGAGUUUAAGAAACUCACUUCCAUUAAAAUCCAGAAUGACAAGAUGAGGACGGGCAACUUGCCGGCCAACAUGAAAAAAAACCGAGUUCUCCAGAUAAUCCCAUACGAGUUCAACAGAGUAAUCAUCCCAGUGAAACGGGGCGAAGAAAAUACAGAUUAUGUCAAUGCCUCCUUCAUUGAUGGCUAUCGGCAGAAGGACUCGUACAUUGCCAGCCAGGGGCCCUUACGGCAUUCCCUAGAGGAUUUCUGGAGGAUGAUUUGGGAAUGGAAAUCGUGCUCACUCGUUAUGCUGACAGAGUUGGAGGAAAGAGGGCAGGAAAAGUGUGCCCAGUACUGGCCUUCGGAAGGUACCUUAUCGUUUGGGGAUAUUACCAUAGAACUGAAGAAGGAGGAGGAGUGUGAAAGUUACACCGUACGGGAUCUGUUUGUGACCAACACUAGGGAAAACAAGUCCCGGCAGAUUAGGCAAUUCCAUUUUCACGGUUGGCCGGAAGUGGGGAUCCCUACAGACGGGAAAGGAAUGAUCAAUAUCAUCGCCGCCGUUCAGAAACAGCAGCAGCAGUCUGGGAAUCACCCAAUCACGGUGCACUGCAGUGCUGGAGCCGGCAGGACGGGGACAUUUUGUGCUCUGAGCACGGUACUGGAGCGAGUAAAAGCAGAAGGCAUCCUUGACGUCUUUCAAACAGUCAAAAGCUUGAGGUUGCAGAGGCCACAUAUGGUCCAAACACUGGAGCAGUACGAGUUCUGCUACAGGGUGGUGCAGGAAUACAUCGACGCGUUUUCGGAUUACGCCAACUUCAAAUGAAUUCCGAGGAGGGGGACCCCGAGCGUGGCCUUCUUUAAUAUUUUGUAAUAUUCUAUUUGUUAAUAUAUCUAGAUCAGUGUAUAUAUCUUAACUGUUUUAGAGGAUUGGUACAAUGUGCUUUAUAUUAGCUGGAGAUUUUAUAUAUGUAGCAAAGUGAUUAGUGCCGGUAGCUCAAUAUAUUUUUUUUUUUUAUGUUGGAUACAAUAGCUUGAUGUUUGGAUUAAUUCUUUCGAUUCAUCUCCCUCUCGUUUAUUUUUUAUUUUUUUUACAAUUUCUUCGGAAGCCCUCAUUUUCAUUUGUAAGACUGAGGCCCCUUCUAGACAUUUGCGCGAGAGCAGUACAAUUGUCACAUUCGCCCGCCGUUCAGUUGCUUCAAGUGAUUUUAUCCUGUAAAUAAAUAUAUAUAUAGAAAAAUAUAUCAUAGAAUUUUUGUAUGAAAAAAAAAAAA